GUUCAGAGUAGUUUGACAUUGACAACUGGUUUGACAAGUGGAUGAAAUAAAAUAAAAAUAUUAAUGAAUUUAAUUUAAAAAAAAUUGAUAAAUUUGUCUUCAGUUUUCAGUUCUGUAAAUCUUCAAUGUUUCAAUAAUAGUUUGACCGGUAUUGUUGUUAAUUAAAAUUUUUAAUAAUAGUUUGUCUUUCAAUAGUGUCUAUGGCUUUUACAACAAUAAUAAUGUUUUAUAAUAUUGUGAAAUAUUGAAUUACCAAAUUUAACAAGUUUUAUUAAAAGCUUCAAUUUAGUGAAAAAAGGAUAUGUCAGAUUCUAAAAAGAGAAAAAUGGAACUCUCAACUCCAGAGGAAGUUAUAACAAAAUUCCACAACCUAGAUGGCGAUUUGAUAGGUGAAAGAAAAAAGUGUUUUUUCACCCUUCUCAAAACUGCCUCUCAAAACUUAACACCAACAGAAAUAGACUAUGUAAUAGAUAAUCUCAAUCCUAAAUCAUACCAACAAAAACUUUUUUAUGUAUAUGCUAUCGUCUAUUUCAAAAAAACUGAACGGUUAAUUCAAGUUCUCAAGGAUUGUAAUAGAGAUCAUAUAAAAAUUGUAAUGCAGCAACACUGGUUUAUUGAGGAAGCUUUUAAAGACAUGGCACCCAAUACUUUGGUAAAUGAGUUCUUUCCUGAAGUGUCUUACAGUACUCGUCUCAAACUUCUGAAUAGAAUUACACGUUAUUGGAGUGAAGAAAAGAAUGAUGAAUUAUUCAGCUGUCUUCAGCAAAGGUAUGGUUUCUAUGUUGCGUUGAAUGUACUACAAACCUGCUCUGCUAGAAUAAUUGAGAAUAUACUCGGAGAACAUGAAACUGUUUUAACCAUAAAUCAAGUUCUUUAUCUGCUGAAUAGAAGCGAUCGGUUAUUCAGCAUGUACAUGGAUCAUUGGGAAUCUAUUUUCAAAAAACCUUAUAAAGAAAAAAAUAUCAUAACUUUAUUAGCUUGUAAAUAUCCAGAACUUUUUCUAGAGUUGCACCGUAAUGAAAAAAUUUGUUGCUACAAGUUGACAGCUUCAGCCAGUGUCGGUUUACUCGUGGUUCUUAAGGAAGAACUUUAUAACGAUUCAUACAGAUUUGGCAAAAUAUUGAAUGCUAGAAAAUUAGUUAAGAGUCUUGGAUCAGAACUACAAAUAUUUUACAGACAUCUGAUGCCAAAUAAGUUUGAAGAUUUAAAUGAAAAUUCUUUAUGUAUUCAACUCUUAAAAUAUGUUCCCAAAAAAACCAGAUGGGAAUUAUUAACCCAAUCAUUAAAUACUGUUUUUCCACAAAAUUCCAUUAAAAAUUUUCUGGAAAUUAUCGAUGAGACUAUUUUAAAGUUGAAUCCAGGAAAAGAUGUAAUAUACCAAUGGGCUAGAAUCAAAUAUGAGAACAGCUCCGAUGACAACUUUUUGCAAUACUAUCCUAGUUCUGAAUCCAUUCCACUUAUCAAGGAAAUGAUAAACCUCUGCUCUGAUAUGCGAAAUAGACAGUCAUUAAUAAACCAUUUGAUUAGUACUUGUGCUCACAACAAUGAUUUGUGGUCUUUGGAUAAAGUUUUGGAAUAUAUAGUUUCUAGACAUAAGAAUGAAGAGCCCUAUGCUUAUAUGAGACAAAUACAAUUUUUACUUACGGCGUUCAAAACUGAAGAGUUUAGUAAAGAACACUGGAAUUUUAUACAGCAACAACUUGUCUUGAUGCGUGCAAAGGAUAUUCAUUAUACACAGUAUAUUGAUAUAGAGGUAGCAUUUUUGGAGUACGCAUACACAAAUGAUCGUGAUGCGUUCAAAUUAGAAGCUACCGAGUUGAUGAAACGAGCAUGUGAUGGCAUCCGCUUAUGGAAUUAUAAACGGGAUUUUGAAAAUUCUAAGUUGAAAUAUGAACUCUUUCUAGAAUUAGUGUCAGUGUUUCUUAAAGAGGUACCAUCAAGAUCUGACUGUUACAAAGAUGUUCAAGCUUGUUUAAUAAUUGAAUUGGUUGAUUUGUCCAAAGAAUAUCCCCAAAAAUGUAUUAAUAUAUCAGACUAUCCAGAAUUUAUGUCUGUCAUUGAAACCAUGUUGACAAAAAAUAAAAAAUUUAGGUACAUCGACUUUCAAGUUAUAACAUCCAUAAUAACUUAUAAUAUCGAGUUUCCCCAGUUUGCUUUGACUUGUUUAACAGAAGCCAAGGCAUUGGAAGUAGUACAAAAUAUUGCAUAUAUAUCUAGUAUAUGGUUUUUUGUCGAGUCACUUAUUUCAAAGAAAUACCUUUCAGUAUUAGAAACAAACAUUCUAUCUUCCUCGAUUGACAAACUUGAUGAGAAUGCAUGGGAAUUAAGGUAUAUAUUCAAACCAUUAGUUACACAUCACCCAAAAAUUAUACUGAAAUAUAUAAAUAAAUUUAUAUACUCCAUGCAAUUUUGCAAAGAAAUGAGGCAUUAUUCUCAUUUGGAACUUGAUCAGAAGAUAUGUGAUUAUUUUAUAAAUGGUUGGCCAGAAGCAUCAGAUGAAAGAAAAGAAACAGCAUUGAAGAUUCUUAUACAACUAUUAGACGAGGACGAAUUUAUUAAAUUUGUUAAUGAACAUUUAAAAAUAACUCUAACUAAAAAUGAAAAUGCUGAUGAUGUCAUCCUUAAUAAAAUUCAGAUGCAGAUACUAUGUUCUUUUAAAGAAGUUAUGAUUUCACAGAAAUACAUACCUUUAUUAUUAAAUUUAUGUGACGGAAAUAUCCAGGAAGCAGCACCACCUUCUUUUUGCAGUUUGUUUGCAAGAUCUCCCGAAAAAGUUCUUUAUUCUUUCAUUGAAAAUAUGUUUAAGCAAAACUCACAAAUGCAAGAAUGUAGUUUAAUACUAAGUAGCCAGUUUUUGGAGCAAAAUUAUGUUAUUAAAUUAAUCAAAAUCAAAAAACCAAACUCGUAUUCUACGCUUAAGUUCAUAUGUUUGUUUGCUCUAAAAGUGUUUGUUAAAACAGAAUCUGAAGAUGUAUUAACUUUAUUUAUAAACUUUACGAACAUGUUUGAAGAAUACGAUAGAGGAAUAUUUUCUUCUUUUGUAAAAACGAAAGUAUCCAAGAAAUAUGCUUUUCGAUAUAUUGAAACUUGCUGGAAAAUGAUCGAACAGUUCAUGUUAGGAAAGAAGAAAGGUUACGACUUUUUGAACAAAUUACUUACACGAGCAUUAGAUGAAGAAGUUGUAAAAUCUCUGUCGUCAACGUUUGUUAAAAAUAUAAUUACAAGCUAUUUUACAGAAGGUGAUAAACGUUUGUCUAAUAUCAACUCGUUCGUCUUGUAUUGUUUAGCCUAUCGAGAGGAAGACAAUGAAAUUAAUUAUAAAAUGAUAUUUGAAAUGCUCGCCAAACUAAGCAAAGGAAAUAUUUGUUUAUUCUGUUAUGAUUUCGUGGAAUUUCAAAAUCAUAUAAAUCAACAGUUAUUUGUUGAUAAUUUUAUCCAACAUUGGAAACAGAACUUCGUUGCUAAGGAUACAAUCAAUGAACACAUUAUGCUGGAUCUGCUGUGCCAAAGUAUGAAGGAGUCAAAAGAAGAUUUUGCGAAAACUGUUGUAGAUUAUCUUCAACGAUCAAUUUCUGAUGUAGGCCCUUUCGCUUAUCUAGUUUACGCGAGGAACUUAGACCAGUUACUCAGUAAAACCAAACGGUUUAAUAUAUAUGAAUUACUACAUUUAAUGUUGCCAUACAAGCCGUCAUCCACAAUAUAUAUUUUUGUACUUAAUAUUUUAAAGCCUGUAGAUGACGAAGAAACUGAAGAGGUGAAAAUUACUUACAAAAGUAUAUUAGGUAUAUUAAAAGACUCAAAAGAACCUAUCGUGAAGUGUUGUUAUGAACAGUAUGUGUAUCAAAAUUAUAGUGUCUGUUAAUAAUCUUAGUAUCAUUCUCAACAUACUUGUGCAAAAUUUUAUGAUUCAAAUGUUUGCAUAUUCGUCACUGACGUUGAUGAACACAAAUCUUCAACAAUGCACUGACUAUCUGAAGAAAAUCCAAUCUUUAUAUUUUGUGAUCACGAAUUACAUUAAGAAUGCAGUCACUUAAUUUUCGAUGCUUUACACUUAGAUUCACUUAGAUUUUACUCUCCUUAGAGAGCACACUACAAGUCGCACUGAUGAGUCCAAGAAGAUGAAAUUUGCAUAAGCUAAUGGUGGUGGUCUUUUUAUUAAAACUAAAUCUUAAACUGUCUUUCUUUACCUUCGUUUACUCACAAAUUGAGUACUAGGAAUCAAAUUCGUUGGAGUUUUACCUAGAUAAAUUAACGUUGUUGUGGAGUACAAAUUAUAGAUUCCCCACAUCUAUUCUUUUAUCGUCCGUUUGCUUUGCAAAGUAUAGAACGUAAGAAAUAUUUCAUUUAAAUCUCCGGCUCUUUGGAUUUCGUUUUGUUUGUACACAUGUUGUUAACACGAACUACCGAGGAAUUACACUAUUCAAUUCUACAUCAAAACUAUUGACAAAAAUUCUAUCUCAAAAAAUAUACAAGACAGUCGGUGUAUCGGAAGAGCAACAGGGUUUCCGCCCAAACAGAUCUACAAUAGACGCUAUUUUCAUCAUGCAACAAUUAGUUGAGAAAUCAAUAGAAUUCGACAAGCCCAUGUUCACAUGCUUUGUAGAUCUGAAACAGGCAUUCGACAGAGUCCGAUUGAAGGACGUGCUCACUAUCCUUGGAAAGAAAAACAUAGGUCAGAGGUAUAGAAACAUAAUCAAAGAGCUCAAUAGAUCCAACAAAACACAAAUAAAAAUCACACACGGGCUCAUGGAAGAAAUCAAAAUCAAUGUCGGCAUUAGACAAGGGGACAGCCUCAGUCCAUGCCUAUUUAAUUUAAUAAUGGAUAAAGUUAUAGGUAGUGUUAACAAAAUGAAUCAGGGAUACAAAACGGGUAACCGAACCAUGAGAAUACUUUGCUACGCAGAUGAUUCAAUCUUAAUAGCCGAAAACGAAGAUGACUUACAACGCCUACUACAAAAAUUUAAAACAACCGCCGAAAAGUAUAACCUGACACUAUCCACAGAGAAAACCCAAUCGAUGGUUAGAUCCAAGAACCCAAUUAGAUGUAAAUUAGUAGUGGACGACCAUAUAAUCGAACAGGUAAUGGAUUUUAGAUACUUGGGUGUGGAAAUGUCUAGCGACAGGCAUCUGUGACAAGAAAUAAAACAGCAGGUAACGAAAGCAGCGAGAAUAUCUGGUUUCCUGGUGGAUAUAAUCUGGCUGAAUAAAUAUAUGAGCACUGAAAGCAAAGUCCGCAUUUAUAAGACAUGUGUUAGACCCGUACUGAGAUGAAAACCCUAAGAUCCAUAAGAGGUAUCACACUCAGAGAUAGAAUACGAAACGAAGACACAUUGAGAGAGCUAGGCGUUUAAGACGUAGUGAGAUGGACAAGAGCACGACGACGCAUGUGGAGAGCCCACGUAGAUCGGAUGGACCCUGAACGUAUGGCGCAAUGGGCGAAGACAAAGAAACCCAAAAAACGAUGGUACGACAGCUGGAGCUCGGGAUCGCAGCAGUGACUGUAACAGAAGAAAUAACACAUAGUCCUAUUACAAGAAGAAGACAUAUUACCUUACUUUCUAAUUCAUUACUAUAAGGGUAAGAACAGGACAAGUGGGUCGAGGUGGAGGUGUAGGUCGCGGUGGAUGCCACUAGUUAGGUCGCGGUCGAUGUCGACAGCACAUAGCAAGGAGGUCACCUGCGCUGUCAGUCGAGCUAGAACCACUAUCAAGUGAAGUAGUUUAAUGAAAUUUGAAGAGAUUCAAAAAUAAACUGAACACAAAAAAGGGAUUAUAUAAAAAGUAUCAACUCAGAUAGCGCAGGUAAUGACAACUUGGCUUCGAACGGACCAAUUACAGGGAAACAUCCUUGUAGGCCGCGCAGUAGACAUCCAUGUAAAACAAACUCAUUUUAUUUUCAAAAGCAUCGAUGUAAACCUCCUGGAUGGCAUCGCGCUAAACCUCCACCGCGACUUACCUGCUCUGUUCUCUUUCAUUCAGUACAAUGUGUUUGUUUUACAUGGAUGUCGACCGCAACCUCCAUCUCCACCGCGACCUACUUGUUCUGUUCUUACCCCUAGAGAGCUUUCAGAGUCUCUAGUUUUUUCGUACUCACCGACCACGAAACGAAUGCGUACUCACUUUGAAGUACGGACAAUUUUCGACUUGGUCUGAACAGUUUGGUUCAUCUGAGUACAUCUGGUACUCAUCUGAGUACGGGGCAACAGGAUGCCCUGUUGCCAGGUUGUCCUGAUUAUUGGCCUUGAAUGCUUAUUCAAGGCAAAUACUCAAGUGAGAAAUAUAAUAGAAACACUUUAAGAUCCUUUUUUGUUUACAACGACCGGUUUAAAUAAAAAAGAAACUCUUUUUUGUUUGCACCCACCAGUUAGCACAAAGUGAAUCGUCUGUGGCAUUUAGGUUUUAGUUGGGAAGCAGUUCUUUAGUAGAGUGUAGGUUUUAAUUUUAAAAAUUUUGAACUGUAUACUAACAAUAAUUUUAGAUUUAACUGUUUUUUUAAAUUCUUUUAGUAUCAAUAAUUCAACAAUAACAAAGAGUACCUAAUUACAAAGGCUAUUCUACAUCAGUUAUCAAUGCAAGCAUGCGGUAAGAGGAAGGGUCUCUAUAAAGUUAAAUGUUAAUAAAAAAUUACCAAAAUUAAUUUUAGCACAUACGAUAUGUUCUGCUUUAACGGUAUAUUUAUACUUAAGUAAAAAAUAAAUAUUUUUAAUCACAUAUUUAAUUACCAGAAAAAAUCAGCCGCUUAAAGCCGAGCUACCAAAACCUACAAAUCUGUCCGUUCGACUACAUUUCUUAUUUAGGUACAUCAUAAAUCUGUCCGUUCCACUAUAUUUCUUACUUUUGUACUAUUCUCUGCGGUAUGCUGUUUCUCAUGAGGAUCUUUCAGUGCGUCACAGCUUUUCGAUUUCUUUCUAACGCAUUAAAUUGCAUGUGACAGAAAAAACGCACGUCGGUGAUUACAUUUCGUCGGUGACAUUUAUAACAUUUAUUCUAGUUGUCAAUAGAUGGCGCUAUAAUCGAAAAAAACAUUUUUUCCGAAUUAUAUAAUUAUCUACGAAUAAUAUCUGUACAAUUUAUAAGACUAUACAAAUCAAAGAAAAUACCAUUUAUUAUAAAUGCAAUAAACACAAUUGAUUUGAUUUUAUGCCAAAUUUAACUAAAUUUUUUAAUUUAACUAAAGAUUUAACUAAAAUGUCAUGUCACUAAAAUGUAUAUUAUCACGGACUUACCUUUUUUUUCUAUCAUUUGUGACGCACUGAAAAAUGCUCAGGAAAAGAAGCAUAUUACUCAUUGUUUUUGUUUUCUUAUAGUUCAUUCUAAAACCGAUCAUUCGUACUUCUCUGUUGUUUAGUUCCAAAAGCAUAUUCCUUAACUCCUUCCUCUUCAUCACUUCCUACUAAAAGGUUAUACUCCUACUUAUAGGAAGGAUAUCAUCAGAAUAUCGUAGGUGGUUAAGAUAUUCUCCAAUUAUUCUUAUUCCUUUCUCUUGCCGAUUUAGUUUCUUGAACACAUUAUUUAAGACUUAGUUAAACAGUUUUGGUGACAUUGUGUCAACUUGCCUUAUUGCUUUUUGAAUGCUAUGCUAUUGCAAUAUUACAACCCAUGGGUCCAUGAGUUGUUGAUAUUAAUUCGUGUUUUUGCUUUCUGGUAGAUGUUGCCAAUAAGUUUAAUAUGUUUGUAAUCAACCCUACUGAGUUUAGUGAGUAUUUUACUCCGCAGUGUUUGACACUGUCAAAAGCUUUCUCAAAGUCUACAAAAGCUGCGUAUAUUAUUUGCAAUCUGCAAUGUUAACAAAUGUUUAUCUAAAUUAUUGCAGUAUGCAUAAGAAUCUAACUUUAGAAUACCUAUAAAAUUAAAUGUUAUAGGUACAUACUUUUGUUAUUUGAAUUAUAAGUUUAUUUUUCAUUAACUAUGUAGAUGGGAAAUAAGCCACAAUUAAAUUGAAAAAAAAAUAGUUCAGUAAAGUCGUCCCAGGAACGCAACUCAUAAAUAUUGGCAAUACCUAUCCUUUUCAAGUCUUCUACUUUAAAAUGUAUAAAUAUGUCUGAAUUGCCGAUGUCAGAAAAAAUAAAUUAUUAGAAGAAUUUUUUACUAAGCAACAACAUUUUUGUUUAAUUUAGUAGUAUUUUGUAUUUUGACAACGACACCCGCUUUAGGCGUCAAAACGUUAAUAAAAUUAUUUUUUUCAAUUUAAUUGUUGCUUAUUUCCCAUCUAAGUAGUUAAUAAUUAUAAAAAUGACACAAGGAAAUAGCUUCAGAACAAGCAUGCAUUAAGUUUAUUUUUGUUGGGUUGCUAAUAAAAGUUUUCAUAUUUUUUAAC